AUGAGCACCAACCCAAUCCAAUCUACCAUCUGUCUCUCCAGCUGUUCGCCCUCAGAGAAAACAUUCUCUCUCGUUCAUCCUGAUCCCGAUAAAUCCAUGAUGGCUAUCAGAGUCCAACCGAAAUACCUCGACGUUGAGGGGAAGUGUACUCGAAUUACUAUAUCCGAUAUCCCAUCGUUAGAUGGUCAUACCUUAUCACCCCAAAAGGGUGAUACACAGUAUGAAAGAUAUAUCUUAUCAAUGAAUAAGGAACUACCCUCGACUACAUUUUGUAGGAAAUGUUCCGACCUCUUUGGACGACUUACGAAAGAUCAUGCGGAAUGUUUAACUCAAGCUGAACAUACAAAAGAUAUUGCCGAAAUAUCAAGAUGUUUACAAGAUGGUGCGAGCGCUAUCCAGAAUGCCUUGUCUGAAUUUCCAGAAUUCAUCACUUUGAAAUUCAACGAAUUCGUAGACGCUCAAGGCCAUUUGAUCAAUAAUGUUCAUAAUGCGACUUCGCUAACUAUCAAUGGAUCCUCCAGACUUAGUGAACAGGAAAAGAAAGAUUUGGUAGAUAGGUUUGCAAUAGCUUUAUAUGCAGAUUACGAGUCGGUAUUGAACCGAGAUGGGAAAUCAGUUUAUAGUUUGGCUCAUGAGUUGGAGAAGGACGAAGAGAGGAGAAAUGGUUGGUUGGAGGAAAGAAGAAAAUAUAACGAUGCACUAAAGAAAACCAAUUCGAAAGGUAAGAGUGAAAGUGAAGUAUCGAAAAGCAUUUCACAGUUGGAUUACAAAGUGAAAGAAAUAUGGGGUUCAUAUCAAUCUAUACCCACUAACAAAUCACAAUGGGCACGAUUGGUUGAUAAAUCGAAAUCUUGGACUGGAUGGGAUUUGAGUACUUUUGAAGAAUUCCCACAUCCCCCCACUACAUUGCCCUCGCAUAGUGGUCCUAGAGGAUUGAAGUUUGGCUUCGCACAUGAUCCUUCUCUGGCUGACGCGGAGUCUGUAUGA